AUGGCCGAUAGAACAGACGCAGCCAGCCACUAUGCGCCGGUGCUUACGGCGCUGGCAACGAUGCAAAGUAACGUUGCGGGCAAACAAAAGACGGAAGCCCACGAGUAUCUCGAAAAGUUCCAGAAAUCGUCGGAAGCGUGGACUACUACGCAUGCCAUUUUACGAGACACGUCGGCACCGGUCGAAGCAAGAUUGUUUGCCGCAACGACUUUGAAGGGAAAGAUCACCUAUGACCUUCACCAGCUUCCAGACGACGCCUGGACACCCCUCCGGGAUUCGCUUCUUUCUUUGCUUCAGUCCUAUAUUUCUGGUCCACGACCGAUCCGAACGCAGCUCUGCGUGUGCAUCGCCCGGUUAGCCAUCCAACUGACAUCCUGGAAGGACGUUCUCGGAACAGUUGGGUCAGCGGUCGGUACAAGUAGUGAUGGCGGAGAUUGUCUGCUCGACUUCCUGCGAAUCCUACCAGAAGAGGUCACAGAAGGCCGCAAGAUCAACCUUUCAGAAGAGGAACUUGCCGAUAGGACGAAGGAACUGCUUGAGGAUAAUGCCGCUCAGGUUCUCAACCUUCUUGUGUCAUACGCUGGCUCAUCAGCGCAAGCAACUCACAACCCUCGCUUGUACUCGUGUAUAGCCUCAUGGCUCCGCGAGAUCCCGAUCAUCGACGUCGUGAACUCGCCUUUGCUAAACAACAUCAUCGAAGCUCUCAACGACAAUGACUCCUUCGAGGCUGCUGUGGAUUGCCUGUGCGCCAUGUUCAGGGACACUCGAGACGUCGAUGAAUCACAAAGCGUCAUUCGAGUGCUCUACCCCCGGAUUGUUAACCUCCGACCGAUGAUUCUACAAGCCGCCUCUAUGGAAGACCAGGAUCUCAUGAAGGGCAUCACAAGACUCUUCGCGGAAGCUGGAGAAGCCUGGGUGGUCCUUAUUGCACGAAUGCCUGAUCAAUUCCGAGCACUUGUCGAAUGUGUGCUGGAAUGCUGUAUCCGCGAUCGAGAUCGAGAGGCCAUAUCUGUCACUUUUAUCUUCUGGUACGAGCUCAAACAGUGUCUCACACUGGAGAAAUACAUGCCGGCUCGAGCGUCGCUGGCUGAUCUGUACUCGAAAUUGGUCGAUGUUAUGAUCAAGCACCUAGAAUACCCCACGCCAGAAGAUGGGGAUGAAUCAGACUUGUUCGACGGCGACCGGGAGCAGGAAGACAAAUUCCGCAGUUUCCGACACAGCAUGGGUGAUGUUCUGAAGGACUGUUGUGAAGUUAUCGGUGUCACACAGUGUCUCAGUAAAGCCUUUGCUCUGAUACAGAGUUGGGGACAGAAGUACGCCUCACUGGUGUCCGGAACCAAUGUACCUCAUUGGCAAGAACUCGAGGCGCCUCUGUUCAGUUUAAGAGCGAUGGGACGCAUGGUCAGCCCUGAAGAAAAUUCCGUGCUUCCACAGGUCAUACCUCUUCUCACCACUGUGCCCGACCAUGAAAAGCUUAAAUUCCAGGCGAUUAUGGCGCUCGCCCGGUACACCGAAUGGACGGCCCAGCAUCCAGAGACACUUGAAGCACAACUGAAUUAUGUCAUCUCGGGCUUCAGUCACAAUUCUCAGGAGGUUGUUCAAGCGGCAGCUCUAGCCUUCCGCUUUUUGGGGACUGACUGCUCCAAGCUCCUUGGUGAUCACAUUCCUCAGCUUCACCAGUUCUACGAAAGCGUCAUCGACAAGCUGAAGCCAUCGAGUCAGGAAGAGGUUACAGAAGGCGUGGCUGCAGUGGUGGCCGUGCAACCGGUCAACAAGACGUAUGAGACUUUGAAAAUGUUCUGCGACCCGGUCAUGAACCGAGUGGUUUCAUUUGCGUCCCAUGCCAAAGAUGAAAAUGCCGAAAAGGUCGUUGCUGACUAUCUAGGGCUGGUGACGAUCUUUUUUGACUGUGUUCAACCCUACGUCUCGCCAUCGGAGCAAAAUCCGGCUGUGAAAUACUGUCAAGAAAUCCUGCCUGCUCUUUCCGGCAUCGCAAAGCACUUCACACGCUCAAUACCGAUUCUGGAACGAGUGUGCAAAUGCUACCGCACCAUGGUCAUCUCCUACCGAACCGCCACUGCUCCUCUUCUUCCUACACUAGCCACGAGCAUCGCCGAAGGAUUCCAAGCAUCAAGACAAGGAUGUUUCCUCUGGGCCACGGACGCAGUUAUUCGAGAAUUUUCCUACGGGGCCGAGUUCGUUGACGAAGCGACCAGCGAGAACGUGUUCCAGUUCUUUGCACAGCAGGCGACAGUGUUUUUCAAGAUCCUGAACGAACUGCAGCCUGUUGAGCUUCCCGAUGUGAUCGAGGACUUUUUCCGGCUGGCUUCGGACGCCGUUCGAUUCUACCCUACCAAAACCAUUACUUCUCAUCUGGCCCUUCCCAUGGUCCAGGCAUCUUUGACCGCUCUGACCUUGCAAUCGAUGGAACCUAUUCAAGCAGCCUUGCUUUUCUUGCGCGACUUUCUUGAUUUCGGGUUUGAAAAUCCUCCCGUGUCCAACCUCAGCAGUCCUGACGGACAACCUCCGGCUCCCACACCUCCAGAAGUCCGGACUGCGGUGAAACAAGUUCUCAACUCGACUGGUCAACAGCUGGUCCACCGAGUCUUGACCGGGAUGAUGUUUAGUUUCCCCGAGGAUUGCUUCCCGGAUGCUUCCGCCAUUUUAUUGACGCUGUUCAAUCUCGAUCCCCCGGCCGCCGCUCAGUGGGUGCAAGGAACGUUACAGCUCUUGCCCGCUGGCACGUUGAAGCCUGCUGAGGCCAAUAAACUGAUGAAGGGCAUCAGUGACAAGCUACAGCAGAAUGAGCCGCGCAAAGUCAGGGUUUUGCUUCAGGACUUUACCAACUCCUACCGCCGGCGGAAUGUGGCGCCGCGAGAAGGUUUGGGCAGAUUGGAGGCGACCAGGUUCAGAUUUAGCGGUUGA